AAGAAGGAGCGGCAGUGGAUACGGUGGGCAACCGAGACUAUACCUUCAUUGCUCCGCCCCCAUCUGAAGCUCCUAUGCGAGUCGGAAUCGCUUCGCAAUGUGCAGCGUCCCUCAAAGCAGCCGUGCACUUGUGGACAGAAGGACGCCCGAACGCUGCAGAUUGUCUGCGUAUUCUUCGAGCGCUUGGAAAACAUUCAGAUCGGUGCAUGCCAGUGUUCGCCUGCCGCCCUCCAGCUUCUCUCGCGAGGACUGUUCCCGUGUGCGCCCCAAGCCCCGACAUUAGCCGUCAACAUCAAUCUCCUUCAAUUUGCUCAAGAGCUGUUCCUCCGGCUGCCUCCGAAUACAACGUCGUUCUGCGCGACCCUGGAGGCAUUCCUAGGCUAUAGAAAGUACAAACUUACAACGAGAGACUCAUUGCGCCGGAGGUUUGGGAAUGCCCUUCUGUGGUAUUUGAAUCUCGUCAACGCGACCAACCGACUGGUACAGGAUCAUAUUGAAGCAGCACGGGUGACUGUG